UUAGCUGUUGAUGCUACAGGUUAUCAGUUAUCAGUUGAGUUAUCGGCGUCAUAUUCUGCGUUGGAAAUAAAGGAAAAUGAAAGAGGUAGAAUUGCACACGAGCUUUGAAGAUGCUCAGGAGAAGGCUUUCAACGAUGCCACCCUCCAACUAAACUUGGACUCGAAGAACGACAACGACUGUACACUGCAGCCAAACGGAAAUGUCAUCAACAGUUCGUCCUGCUACGAUUUUUCAAAAGGUCAGGUGGCCCAAGUUCCAUGGCCAGGAGACAAAGCUGAGGACUUUUUCUCAUUCCGGGAAGGUUUGUUAAUCAGGGCCAUUGAAGAGACCAAAAAGGAGCUCAUCUCUGACAGCGAAGAUGGUGAAUUCAUUGGCUCAUGGCUUCUCACUGAGGUCAGCUCAUGGGAUAACGAAAUGGAAAGAAUCGUCAUUCUUACGACGAAAUGUAUGAUUUCUGUCAAAUAUGAUUUCAUCGCAUUGAAAGUUUUAAAGCACAGAAAAAUUCCUUUAGACAUUAUCGACACAUUGGUCAUAGGAGAUCUUGACUAUCCUCCGGUUUCUUUGAUACCGCAUAUUGAUGGUAUAGCUACUGGUGUGUCCAAUCUGAUGAAAGGCUGCUUGGUAAAAGUACUAGAAAAAAAAUGGCCUGUUGAGAAAGGUGCUUUACCCACUGAUUCUGGCUUCUCACCAAGGACCCGUAAAAUUGCUGGUGUCAGAACAAUGUGGAAUGGCGGUCGACCUCUUCCUUUCGUCAAGAAAUGGAACCCUUUUGAAAAAGACAUUCCAUUCAAUACAUUCACUUCACACCCUCUUUUAUGGCAUGCAGAUUCAUCAAACAGUGGACGGGAUAUGUACAAUGUAGAAGUGUUCACAGACCAUCUGACGAAAGUCCUCGAUGAGAAGAUAAAAAAAUCUCAAUGCUUCGUUGAAAGCAAUCCGAUAAUUCUAGAGAACUACAUUGGCCUAGGGGCACUCAUACACAACCGAAACUCGCUCGGCUUUUUCAAACUGAGGGGGAAAAUAAGUUUCUAAAAUUAGUAAAAUAUUAUCCAAAAUAACUGUCGUAAAUCUUUCACUUAUUACAAACUCAUGCCUAAUGUGAAUAAUAAUUAUAUUUUUUCAAAAUUGGGAACAUUUACAUGUAGAUUAGUUCAAGUUGUUGUGUGCAGGAAACGCAAAAUCUUUUAUCUUCUUAAUAUUAAAACAUAGUAUUCUUGUCAAAUUCAAAUCUAAGAUAAGAAAACUGUUUUUAUAAUAUUUCAUGGAUGCUGUUUGCUUGUGCUUGUAAGUUUAAAUAUGAAAUAUGAAUCUGAACUCAAAUGUAAAUUGUUUAAUUUGUUGCAU